CCGGCGCCCCCCCGCCUCCGCGCCUCCUCUCCGCCCCUCUCCCCCCGCCUCCGGCAGUCGGGAGCCGCGCGCGGGCCCGCGGAGACCAUGUCCUGACUGAGGCGGGAGGGCGGAGGCGGCAGCAGCGGGGCGGGCGGCGGCGCCGAGGGAGGCGGAGAGGGGCCGGGCUCGGCUGGUCGCCGCGGGCUGUGCGGGAGUCGCCGCCGCCGCCGCCGCCGCCGGGCGCUGAGCCUCGUACGGGGAGGAGGAGCGGGAGCUGGAGGAGGAGCCGCCGCCGCCGCCAGGAAUAGCUAUUCAGUCAGACAGAACCACUUAUCACGUUUUGCAGUAUCUCCUGAGGAAGUCAGAAUCUGAGCCAGCAUGAAGACUGAAUCUUGUCUUUGGUCUGAUUUAUAACUGUGCUUUUAUUCUAACCAUGUGCAAGGUGGAGGUUAUAGCAUGGAAACUAAAACCUUACUUCCUGCUUGACAUAACUCACUUCAAGAAGUGCACAAUGUCAGAACGUGGAAUUAAGUGGGCUUGCGAAUAUUGUACGUAUGAAAACUGGCCAUCUGCAAUCAAAUGCACUAUGUGUCGUGCCCAAAGACCUAGUGGAACAAUUAUUACAGAAGAUCCGUUUAAAAGUGGUUCAAGUGAUGUUGGUAGAGAUUGGGAUCCUUCCAACACUGAAGGAGGAAGUAGUCCUUUAAUAUGUCCAGACUCUAGUGCAAGACCAAGAGUUAAGUCUUCAUACAGUAUGGAAAAUGCAAAUAAAUGGUCAUGCCACAUGUGCACAUACUUGAACUGGCCAAGAGCAAUCAGAUGUACCCAGUGCUUAUCCCAGCGUAGGACCAGGAGUCCCACAGAAUCUCCUCAAUCCUCAGGAUCUGGCUCAAGACCAGUUGCUUUUUCUGUUGAUUCUUGUGAGGAAUACAAUGAUAGAAAUAAACUGAACACAAGGACCCAGCAUUGGACUUGUUCUAUUUGCACAUAUGAAAACUGGGCCAAGGCUAAAAAAUGUGUUGUUUGUGAUCAUCCCAGACCUAAUAAUAUUGAAGCAAUAGAGUUGGCAGAGACUGAAGAGGCUUCUUCAAUAAUAAAUGAGCAAGAUAGAGCUCGUUGGAGGGGAAGCUGCAGUAGUGGUGGUAAUAGCCAAAGAAGAUCACCUCCUACUACAAAACGAGACUCUGAAGUUAAAAUGGAUUUUCAAAGGAUUGAAUUGGCUGGUGCUGUUGGYAGCAAGGAGGAACUUGAAGUGGACUUCAAAAAACUAAAGCAAAUUAAAAACAGGAUGAAAAAGACUGAUUGGCUAUUCCUCAAUGCUUGUGUGGGAGUCGUAGAAGGUGAUUUAGCUGCCAUAGAAGCAUACAAAUCAUCAGGAGGAGAUAUCGCACGCCAGCUUACUGCAGAUGAAGUACGCUUACUGAAUCGCCCUUCUGCCUUUGAUGUUGGCUACACCCUGGUACACUUAGCCAUACGUUUCCAGAGGCAGGAUAUGCUAGCAAUAUUGCUUACAGAGGUGUCUCAACAAGCAGCAAAAUGUAUUCCAGCAAUGGUGUGUCCUGAACUGACAGAACAAAUCCGGAGGGAAGUCGCUGCCUCUCUUCAUCAGAGAAAGGGGGAUUUCGCUUGCUAUUUCCUAACUGACCUUGUAACAUUUACGUUGCCAGCAGAUAUUGAAGACUUACCCCCAACAGUUCAAGAAAAAUUAUUUGAUGAGGUGCUUGAUAGAGAUGUUCAAAAAGAGUUAGAAGAAGAAUCCCCAAUUAUAAACUGGUCCUUGGAGUUGGCUACACGUUUGGAUAGUCGACUGUAUGCCCUUUGGAAUCGAACUGCAGGGGACUGCUUACUUGACUCAGUACUACAAGCUACCUGGGGUAUUUAUGACAAGGACUCGGUGCUUCGGAAAGCCCUGCAUGACAGCCUGCAUGACUGUUCACAUUGGUUUUACACACGCUGGAAAGAUUGGGAAUCCUGGUAUUCUCAGAGCUUUGGUUUACAUUUUUCCUUAAGAGAAGAACAGUGGCAAGAAGACUGGGCAUUUAUCCUCUCUCUUGCUAGUCAGCCUGGAGCAAGUUUGGAACAGACACACAUUUUUGUCCUUGCCCAUAUUCUUAGACGACCAAUUAUAGUUUAUGGAGUAAAAUAUUAUAAGAGUUUCCGGGGAGAAACUUUAGGAUAUACUCGGUUUCAAGGAGUCUAUCUGCCUUUGUUGUGGGAACAGAGUUUUUGUUGGAAAAGUCCUAUUGCUCUGGGGUACACAAGGGGCCACUUCUCUGCUUUGGUUGCCAUGGAAAACGAUGGCUAUGGCAACCGAGGUGCUGGUGCUAACUUGAACACCGAUGAUGAUGUCACCAUCACGUUUUUGCCUCUGGUUGACAGUGAAAGAAAGCUACUCCAUGUGCAUUUUCUUUCUGCACAGGAGCUAGGUAAUGAGGAACAGCAAGAAAAACUGCUCAGGGAGUGGCUGGACUGCUGUGUGACUGAAGGGGGAGUUCUGGUAGCUAUGCAGAAAAGCUCUCGCCGGCGGAAUCACCCCCUGGUCACACAGAUGGUAGAAAAAUGGCUUGACCGCUACCGGCAGAUCCGGCCUUGUACAUCCCUAUCUGAUGGAGAGGAAGAUGAAGAUGAUGAAGAUGAAUGAAGAAAAACUUAUGGAGCAGAAGACC